AGCACACACGUCCAAACAUGGCUCCUACAAUCACUGCAGCUAUGACCAAUUCUCAGGAGCAGCGGACACUGACUCACAAGAUCAGGAAACCUCUGGUGGAGAAGCUGCGCAGAGAGAGAAUCAACAGCAGCAUCGAGCAGCUCAAGUCUCUCCUGGGUCCAGAGUUCCUCAAACAGCAGCCAGACUCCAAGCUGGAGAAAGCAGACAUCCUGGAGAUGACAGUCUGCUUCCUGAGGCGACUGCAGCAGCGUCGGGCUGUGGACUCUGCAGCCGUCAGUCGGGGUUACUCCAGGUGUGUCCAAGAAGUGGUGCAGUUCAUGUCCAAGGAGGAGGUGAAGACGCAGACCCAGAGGAAACUGAUCAACCACUUCAGCAAGCUGCAGUCGUCCGCUGAUCACAACCUGAGAGAGGCUGACUUCUCUCUUCUGAGCUCCACAGUCCAGACCAGCAGCACCAAAGACAAGAGUCCAGCCUGCAGUGUUCUGUGGAGGCCCUGGUAG